AUGCAUCGAUAUAUAUAUGCAUUGUUGUUUGCUGUACUAGUGCUGUCUUUUACGCCUUUAGAGGCGAGACGGACUAUCGGUGGAAGUAGACAUACUUAUCCUAAAUCUGGUGGCCUUUCGGGCGGAGGAAGUCAUGGGUAUCCCCCGUCUAGUGGAAUGUCUGGCAGCCACGGUUAUCCUGCUUCAGGAGGUCUGUCGGGUGGCGGAUCGCAUUACCCAUCCUCUGGAGGGAAUCACGGGUACCCGUCAUCGGGAGGAAGUCACUCUUACCCAUCGUCAGGCGGAAGCCAUACCUAUCCAUCAUCAGGAGGCAGCCACAGUUACCCUGCUGGCAAAGGCUUAUCUGGAAACUCACCAAGCACCGGAGCGGGUCAUACUACUAAUAUUCACAACCACUACCAUUACAGCCCGCCUCAACAAAUAAGGUACACACCAACUCACGGCGGCGCACCUAUGAGUUACCCAGUAUACCACGGCCCUCCGCCGACCUACGUCUAUCAAUACAAAGACUCCGGUAGUAAAUACGGCACACUAUUGGCUGGUCUGGCUCUCCUCAACCUUGGAACUCUAGCCGGCGGCGCAUACGCAUUGAGCCAUUCGGGUCAUUCGAGUUCGAAUUACAAACCGCAGCCCGGCGAGGUCUGCAAGUUCGGAAUCAAGAAGGAAAAUGGCGACUACGAGGAAACGAAAAUCGAUUGUCAGUUGAUAACCAGUUUCAUUUUCGAGGAGGAAGCCAAAACUCAACACGGCACCAACACGACAGUCGUAACAAAUGUGACAAGCGUCACAACUGUUAAUGGGCCAGCAUCCGAAAUGCCACCUGUGCCGCAGAAGACAUUGUACGAGAUGUUGCCGAAUGGCACACUGGUUCCGGUAAAUGUUACUGACGCACAUCCGAUGAAUGCAAGUGAUGCAACGAAUAAUGCGUCAUCCACGACCACAAUAACUGUCACCAAUACGACGACGGUGAGCGCUCUGGACGUCAAGGGGAAACCCGUGGACGUGACCCCGGGUAUGCAGUGUUACGUCAUGAGGCACACUUCAACGUCAAACAUGAAGCGAUCAGUACCCUGUCGUCUCUUGCAAAGCUACGCGGAUCAGUCCCUGAAAAAGAAUUCUGCAACAAGAAACAUUCCGAUCCUAACAUUAGUUACAGUUGUUCUCGCUAAAAUGUUGAUUUAG